CCAGCAUCCUCUGCCCAACCAAUCAGAAUGUAGGAAAAUCUACAGAUAUGACGGAAUCUACUGUGAAUCUACCUACCAGAAGCUCAACUGAGGACUGCCACAGCAAUGAGAGAUCUACCAGCCACAAAGAAAAUAACCAAUGCCUCAUGGAACAUUGGAACCCAUGUCUAUGGGAAUAGCAGUUGUCCAACAAAGACCAGCACUUGAUGCAUGUGAGCUAGCUAGAUCCGGCCUUGACAUCGCAGCAUGGAGUAAAACAAGAUUUCCUGAUGGACAGCUUCCAGAAAGAGAUGGCCUUCCCUCAUCUGAGCAUAAGUUUACAAGCUCUGAGAAAGGAGAAGUCCCGAGAUGCUGCUCGAUCCCGCCGGGGAAAGGAAAAUUUUGAGUUCUAUGAGUUGGCCAAGCUGCUGCCCCUCCCCGCAGCCAUCACCAGCCAGCUUGACAAGGCGUCCAUCAUUCGCCUUACAAUUAGCUACCUGAAAAUGAGGGACUUUGCUAAUCAGGGGGACCCCCCGUGGAACUUGAGGAUGGAAGGCCCCCCGCCCAACACAUCAGUGAAAGUUAUAGGUGCCCAACGCAGGAGAAGUCCCAGCGCUCUGGCCAUUGAAGUAUUCGAGGCGCAUUUGGGAAGUCACAUUUUGCAGUCCCUUGAUGGAUUUGUAUUUGCACUAAAUCAAGAAGGAAAAUUUUUGUACAUUUCCGAAACCGUCUCCAUCUACCUAGGCCUAUCCCAAGUCGAGCUGACGGGCAGCAGCGUCUUUGACUACGUCCACCCAGGAGACCACGUGGAGAUGGCCGAGCAGCUGGGGAUGAAGCUGCCCCCCGGCCGGGGGCUCCUCUCCCAAGGCGCAGCCGAGGAUGGAGCCAGCUCAGCGUCCUCCUCGUCUCAGUCGGAGACCCCAGAACCAGUGGAAUCAACAAGCCCCAGUCUACUAACCACUGACAACACCCUGGAGCGAUCCUUCUUCAUCCGAAUGAAAUCUACCCUGACGAAGCGGGGAGUGCACAUCAAAUCAUCAGGAUAUAAGGUGAUUCAUAUAACUGGCAGGUUGCGUCUGCGAGUCUCGCUGUCCCAUGGCCGGACGGUCCCCAGCCAGAUCAUGGGGCUGGUGGUGGUAGCCCAUGCCCUGCCACCCCCCACCAUCAACGAGGUCAGGAUUGACUGUCACAUGUUUGUCACCCGCGUCAAUAUGGAUCUCAAUAUCAUUUACUGUGAAAACAGGAUCAGUGACUACAUGGACCUGACCCCCGUAGACAUCGUUGGGAAGAGAUGCUACCACUUCAUUCAUGCUGAAGACGUCGAGGGCAUAAGACACAGUCACCUAGAUUUGCUGAAUAAGGGUCAGUGUGUAACCAAGUACUACCGCUGGAUGCAGAAGAACGGAGGAUAUAUUUGGAUCCAGUCUAGUGCCACCAUAGCUAUUAAUGCCAAGAAUGCCAAUGAAAAGAAUAUCAUCUGGGUCAAUUAUCUUCUUAGCAAUCCAGAGUACAAGGACACACCCAUGGACAUCGCACAGCUCCCUCACCUGCCGGAGAAAACCUCGGAAUCCUCGGAGACUUCCGAUUCUGAGUCCGACUCGAAAGACAACUCGGAGGACAAUGGGAACUCCAAGUCGGACGAGAAAGGGAACCAGUCGGAGAACAGCGAGGAUCCCGAGCCGGACCGGAAGAAGUCGGGGCACCCGUCGGACAACGAGAUGAACUGCAAUGACGACGGCAACAGCUCGAGCAACCAGGACAGCCGGGACAGUGAUGACAGCUUCGAGAACUCGGACUUUGAGCACCAGAAGGCGGCGGCAGAGGUGGCGGCGGCGGAGGCGGGAGGCUUCGGCCCACUGGGGGCCAUGCAGAUCAAGGUGGAGCGCUACGUGGAGAGCGAAGCGGACCUGCAGCUGCAACCCUGCGAGUCGCUCACCUCUGACAGCGCCAAGGACUCGGACAGCGCGGCCGAGGCGGGUCCCCAGGCCUCCAGCAAGCACCAGAAGAGGAAGAAGAGGAGGAAAAAGCAGAAGGCCGGCAGCCUGGCCCGGCGCCGCCUGUCCAGCGCCUCGAGCCCCGGAGGACUGGACUCGGCCCUGGGGGACCCGGCCCCUCCGGCCCGGCUGCUCCCCUCGCCCAGCGGUGCCUCCUCGGGGCUCAAGAUCAAGACGGAGAUCUCGGAGCCCAUCAACUUCGACAACGACAGCAGCAUCUGGAACUACCCGCCCAAUCGUGAGAUCUCCCGGAACGAGUCACCCUUCAGUAUGACCAAGCCCCCCGGCGCCGACCACUUCCCCUCCCCGCAGGCUGGCGCCAGCGCCAGUUUACACGUGGCCAUCCCCGACUCGGUCCUCACCCCUCCCGGGGCCGACCCUGCCGCCGCCGGCCGCAAGGCCCAGUUCGGCGGUCCGUCGGCCCCGGGCCCCGGGGCCUCCGACCCUCUCUCGCCCCCGCUCUCGGCCUCCCCCCGGGACAAGCACGCGGGGGCCCCCGGCGCCUCCAACUCUUUGUUGUACACUGGGGAGCUGGAGGCCCUGCAGCGGCUGCAGGCGGGCAACGUGGUGCUCCCUCUCGUCCACCGGGUCACGGGGACCCUGGCGGCCACUGGCAGCGCCGCCCAGAGGGUCUACACCACCGGCACCAUCCGCUACGCCCCUGCGGAAGUGACUCUGGCCAUGCAGGGAAACCUCCUCCCCAACGCCCACGCAGUCAACUUUGUCGACGUGAACGGCCCCGGCUUCGGGCUGGACCCCAAAACGCCCAUGGAGAUGCUCUACCACCACGUCCACCGGCUCAACAUGUCAGCGGGGCCGUUCGGGGGCACGGUCAGCGGGGCCAGCCUGACCCAAAUGCCCGCGGGCAACGUGUUCACGACGGCCGAGGGACUCUUCUCCACGCUCCCCUUCCCCGUGUACAGCAACGGCAUCCAUGCCGCACAGACUCUGGAGCCCAAGGAGGAUUGAGCGGCGGCGACCGCGUGGCUGUGUUCGGCGUUCCGCCCCGAGGCCUGAACGCUGUUUUCCUUUAGCCCUCUUAAUUCUAGCACUUUGAAUUUGAGCAGGUCAGCUUAGUCUCGUGACAACGUCGGUCCCGUUCCGUCCCCCGGUGUCCGUCCCUCCCCCGGCCGUCCUCCCUCCCUUCCUCUCCCCCCGCCCCCGGCGUCCUCUUUAACUUGACUUCUUAUUCUUUCACAUGUAAAGAUAUUUUUAUUUUGGCCUUCAGAGGGUCAGGGUGCCAGUUGCCUGACGUUUUGCCCUCUUCUGCGAUGGGUCUCGUUUCCUUGGCAUCUCUUCUGAGAUGCCUUUCACGAGGGGUGGUACCCGCCUCUGCCAUAGAAUGCUCGGUGUCGUGGUAAAGAGAUUUUCGAGGGACAGACAUUGGUUUUUCUGGCGGCGGAUCUUGAUGUGAUCGAGAUCGAAAGAGACGAGCGGAAACCGCGGGCCCCCGUUUGACUGAGUCAGAUGGAAAGGGGCCUUCGUUCCUAAUUCCUUUAAGAAUAGGGGGAUAGUAUUUUAGAAUUUUAUGCAGAAUUUAAUUCUCUUUUUACGGUUCAGAUUUUCUUACUUGCACAUAAAAAAAAUAAUAAUAAUAAUUUGGGUUCUUACAAACUUAAUUUCUGGCCUGUGACUAGAAUGUUGAAGAUGAGUCGGACUAAAUGUUAAUUACCGAAACAUUAACUUAAUUUCUAAAACCAUGGUGCUAUCAUUUAUUAAUCUCUGUAAUUAAUGUCUUCAUCCAAAAUGCAGCUCGCGGGCUCAGGCUGGGAAAGGAGGGAGUUAUCUCUUGCUCUGGACUCGGUUGCUGCAGUCUCCUUGGUUCUUUCAGACCACCCCCUCCACACACACACAAACACACACACUCCCCACCCCAACCCUCCCCCCCUUCAAUGACACGUGUGUGUGUG